UAUUAGGACUUGACAUAACUAAUCUCUAUGAACGCUAUUGAUUGGUCGACAAAGAGAUGUAAAAAAUGGCUGCCUUGCCUUCUCCUACCCAGGUGGCAGGGGCCCACAGUUCAAUAUACGAAGCAUAUUAUCAUCAAGUUGACCCGAAUGGCUCGGGAGCGAUCCAAGCUCUGGAUGCAGCACGUUUCCUUAAGAAGUCUCGUCUCAGUGAUGUUGUGCUCAGUAAGAUAUGGGACCUCUCGGACCCCACCGGCAAGGGCUAUCUCGAUAAAGCGGGGCUGUUCGUGGCCCUGAAGCUGGUGUCCCUGGCCCAGGCGGGUAAGGAGAUCAAUAUGAGCAACAUACACUCGGAAGCGCCCCCUCCUAAAGUGGGCGAGUUACCCAAAGUGCCGCCCCCGUCGUUGCCGCCCGCGGCACCCCCGGCUCUCGCUCCACUUGGCGACUGGAGCGUCAAGCCAGCGGAGAGGGACAAGUACAGCGCUCUGUUUGACUCGCUCCAACCGAACAAUGGCGUCAUACCAGGGAAUAAGGUGAAGGGAGUCCUCAUGGAGUCGAAGCUUCCCCUGGAGACCCUCGGGAAGAUCUGGGACCUCGCCGACCAGGACAAAGACGGCAUGCUCGAUAGACACGAGUUUAUUGUGGCCAUGCACCUAGUGUACAAAGCAUUAGAGAAACAUGCAGUGCCCACGACGUUGCCGCCGGAGCUGCGCGCUCGCCCCGCCAGGCCUCCCUCCAGGCCGCCGUCGAGGCCACCCUCCCGACCCCCCUCGAGACCCCCUUCCCCACAGACUCGCCCCCCACCACCCCGGCCGCAGCCCCCUCCCCAACAGUCGAACGCUACCUUACUGGAGGGACUCCUGGAUCUGUCCAGCCCGCCGAGCGCACCCCCCGCGGCGGGCCAGGCCUCCGGGCCGUGGAUGACUGCGGCGGAGCGCAGCCAGUACGACGCGCAGUUCGAGGCGGCCGACCUGGACCGCGACGGGUUCGUGUCCGGCGCAGAGAUCCGCGGCGUGUUCCUGGACAGCGGACUGCCGCAGAUGACGCUCGCCCAGAUCUGGUCGCUGUGUGACCAGUCAGGGUCGGGCAAGCUGUCCGUGGUGCAGUUUCGCGCCGCCAUGUGCCUGGUGCAGAGAGCCCUGCGCGGACAUCCGCCGCCCGCCGCCCUUCCCCCGCACCUCAUGGAAGAACACUCUCUACCACCAGCACAGAAACCCGAGCCGGUCAGUCUGGGCCCUCAACCCACGCCCGAGAUGGAUGCCAUAGCUCGUGAGGUGGACGCGCUGGCCAGGGAGAGACUGGCGCUGGAGGCGGAGCUCACCAACAAGCAGAGAGAGGUCGCGGUCAAGACGGGCGAAGCAGACAGCUUACAGAGCGAGCUGGACACGCUCACGGCCACCUUGAAACAGUUAGAGAACCAAAAAGGAGAGGCGCAGAAGAGGCUGAAUGACUUGAAAUCCCAAGUGGACAAGCUUCGGUCUCAAGUGUCAGCUCAGGAGGCCGCGGCGGUGGAGACGGAAGCGGAAGUGUCCGCCCGGCGAGCGGCGCUGCUCGGGCGGCAGCAGCACGAGCAGCGGCUCAAGGACGAGUUGGAGCACGAGAACCAACGCGUGGAGCAACUCACGGGGCAGCUGUCGGCCAGCGUGCUCGCCGUCAGUCAGGCCAGGAUCAAGCUGGAGCAUCUGGAGCAGCAGCACUCGGCGCUGGAGGCCGCGCUGCAGGCGCUGGACGCCGGCUCCGGGGACCUCGCGCUGCAGCCGCUGCAUCGACACGAACACCUCGAGCGGCUGGUCAGGGGGUGCACGCCGAGCGACGCGCUGGAGGAGGAUGGGGCGGGCCGCGGGGAGAGCGGGGGGAGCGGGGGCAUGAUGAACGGGUCAUUCGCCAAGUUCGAGGACUCCUUCACCCACAACGGGGACCCCUUCGCGCCCUCGGACAGCAGGAACACUAAGUCGUUCGCGUCGUUCUCCCCGGGCGCCGACCCGUUCUCCGGCGACUCCUUCGUCCAGUCCGAAGCCCCGGCCGCUAACGACAGCGCCUGGGAGACCGAUCCCUUCGCAGUGCUCCACGCGCCGACCCGCGCGACGGCCAACGCCAGCAGCACGCCCGCCGCGGCCAAGAGCCACAAGACCCCGCCCCCGCGGCCCGCCCCCCCUCGGCCCCUGCCGCCACACAAGAACGACCGCAAACCCGCCCUCGACUUCACGGAGGACCCCUUCAAAGACUACAGAUACGAAGAUCCCUUUAACAUCGACGACCCCUUCGCGGACAUCGCGGACCCCAAGAAGGAGCCACGAGCGCGGCCCGCCUCCGCCGCCGCUUUCCCAGCUGCCUUCCCCGCCGCGGUCAACGGCCGGGUGUCCGCGCCGCCGCUACCCUACGACCCGUUUGCCUCCAGGGACAGGACGGACUCGUGGGCCGUCUGGCCCGAGGACGACUGGACCCCUCGCGCCGGGGAUUCGCAGGGCAAGGACGACUGGGCGGCCGACUGGGAUCACAACGCGAACCCCUCCACCGCGCACAGACCUAACGACACCUGGCCCACCACCACGCUGCCGGCCAAGAAGGAGAAGUCUCCCAAGCCGGUGAAGUACGCGAGGUCGCUGGUGCACACGAUCGGCGGCAUCGGCAGGUCCAGGCACAAGGACAAGAAGGGGAAAGAGACCAAGGAGGUCAAGGAGGUCAAGGACACCGGAGAUCUGUCGGAGGAGCAGCAGUGGGCCUGGGCCGAGGCCGAGUCGCGCCGUCUGCAGCGGGAGGCGGACGAGCGACGGCGGCGGGAAGAGCGCGAGCUGCAGCUGGCCCUGGCGCUGUCCCGGACCGAACAGUGACGGCGGAAGGCUCGGUCCUUGUUGGAGAUAUUUCCCUGCGAGCAGCCUUUUCUCGUCGACGUUCUGCGGCGGUAGUCUCCGAACAUGUCUCGUGCGUCGCAACGGCCUAAAGUGUAGUUUAUAUGCGAGGACCCGCCGGGGCGCCUCCGGCGUGACGUCACCGCUGGUGCUGGCGCCGGGCCGGAGGUCGGCCGUCCUCCCGGGGCGGAUGCUUUAACUUAUUGUUACUCUCGAUUGUAUUUACUCUCCAUUUUUGUUGUUAUUUUAUUAUGUAUAUAUCGGAUAUUAAUACUUUUGUAUAGAUUAUAUCAUUCAAAUUCUAUCGGCGGAUGUUACAGACCAAGAGACCCGCGAGGGUCUAUGUGACUCUUGUAUGUGUGCGUGUCGGGAGACGCGUCAGGGUCUCCGUGUCGGGGAUUUGUUAUUUUUUAUUAUAGUACAAAUGCGGAUUUCUUAUAAACGUUUCAUGUUGAAUUGUUUCGUAUUCUGUGUGUGCGUGUGUGUGUGUGCGCGUGUGUGUGCCGGUGGCCGGGCCCGGGCGGCGUGAGGUCCGGGUGAGGUCCGGGAGAGUGCGGUUAGUGUGCGGUCACUAUGUACUCGAUCACAGAACAUGUUUAUCUGUUAUCCUAAAAGUUGUUAUGUCUUUGUUAGGCGCUGUUGUUUAGGGCUCGUCGGUCCGCGCGGCCCCACGUUCCUCGGCCGGGCCCGAGUCCCCGCGGGCCGCGCGACCUUUCGAUCUCACCGCGGCGAGUUUUGGAACUCGAUGUGUAUUUAAAGCUAUGAAUAAAAUUUGAUAAUCACGAUGUCACCCGACGCUCCGGCCGCCUCGUCGCGGGUGGCCGCCGCCGGCUGGGACGCGACGCCAUGUAACCGUAGCUUUUGGAAAACGCUUGUUUUAUAUGUCGCUAGCGGCGGACGGCGGGGGCGGGCGGCGGCGGGCGGGAGACUCGCUCGCUCGAGUGAGUUCUGUUAUUUCGUGAGCCCGGCCCGCGUGUCCGGGGCCGCGCCUGUAUGUUACUCGUUUGUAUAAUAUUGUUCCGUACGAUCCGUUUUUAUAGCUUUUUUGCUCAUAUACAUCAUUUUGACAUUCGCAAAAAAGGUAAUGAUAAUAAAAUGUUGCCAGUUGCAGUUCGUCGUGGUAGGCGGUAGUUGCGUGAGGUCGCCGGUAGUGUGUCGUGAGCGGCCGCGGCCCCGGGCCGAGGCUGGGUCGUGUCGGGUGUCUGGUGUCGUGUGACAAAGCAUUUAUUGAAGUCUGUUAUUCGUUGAUAGUUUAUGUGAGUGCUGGCGAGGUUCGUCGCUUCUCGAAAUGCAACGAAUCGUCGGUAAGGUGUAGUAUCAUUCCAAAAUAUUGUAAUCCCACGCCGGCCGGCCCGGAGGCGGGCGGAGGCGGGCGGGGGCGAGCGGAGGUCGCUAAUGUAUUAUUUGUAGCUGAAUGUGUAUCAUGUAAAAGUACAAUAAAAUUCAUAUCACGCGCCCGCGAUCGCUCGACAGUUGUAUGAUCUUGUGAUUAGCGUUGUAUUUAAAUGUUCUAUCUACAUAUUGUUUAGACGCGUAGAGGAAGCUCGCGACGCCGACGGCCCGGCGCCCGGCGCCCGGCGCUCGGCAGGCGCGGCUGUCUCGGUGCCUGGCGACGUCCGUUUAGUUAGCGUAGGGCAGAGCACGUGUAUCGGUGUAAUCACAUGUUGUUGUAAUCUGUUGUGUCGCUCAUAUAUUUUCCGUUUCGUCGGAGCCAACGUUCACUUCCCGGUCUGAUCCGGAGUCGGAAGACUUUCAAUGUAUCUACGUCGCGAGGACCUAUUGCGAGUCGCGAUACGUGCCUAUUACUUUGCUAGCGCUGGGUUUGAUCCUCGUGGAUUACUGAAGGAUCUCUGAACGUUGAUACGUGUGUAUGUCUGUAUUCUGCACGCUGUCGUGACGGAUGUGGUGUGUCCGAGGUUUGACAGGUGAGCGAAGUGUUGCUAUCUCCUUGACCAAAUAAACUAUUGUAGAUUUGGAAUAGUAGUAAGUCUGUUAUUCAUGUUACGUACCUUAGGAUACAUACGUGUCUACGUUUCUUCUGGCAGUUGUAUUUCUGUUGCGAUGUUGUUUUAUAAUAGUUUACGUUGAACUCUCCGAAGAUUUGUUUCGGUCACGGACGGAGAGUAAUAUGCUGAUGUGAUGUAUUUACUGUGUCCCGUUUGAACGCUGUUACUCUCGUCUCCUGGUGGGUUAUAUCCCCGGAUGGUGGUAAGGCAUGGCGUGCCGUCAACGUCAUCGACCGCUACGAACAUCAAUUGUAAUAAAACUAUAUUAUGAUAUAUUAAUAUGAAGAUAUUUCCUGAGAUAAUAAAAUAAACAGCAUACUGUA